AGUAAAAAGAUGAGGCGAGCGGCUGACUCUCUUAAACCUUACUCGCCUCUCGUGCUGGCAGGAUCAGUGUGCCUUGUGGUCCCCUGUGGAGUGGGAGGAAAAGAGGAAUACUGGAAAUAACGUUGAGGGCCAGUGAGGGAGGGAGUGCCUUUAAGACCUGGUAGACACUCAUCUCGGGUCCUCAUUAUCCAAACUGAUUUUCCCUAUUAUUUCCUCUCCUUUAUCUGAUUUUCCUCAUUAUUUCCUCUGAUUUUCCUCCACCUUUACGUUUAUCUAUCUCUGGUUCUUAUCUUUCUUCUUCCUGUGUGCUUAUUCUCCCUUUCUCUCCCUUGUUCUCUCUCCCUGUGUAAUUUACCUCCCUAUUUUUCUCUCCCAGCCUCAGUGUCUUUCUCUCCCCCUCUCUUUCCUCUCCCUUAUUCUCUCUCCCUGUGUCUCCUUUACCUCCCUUAUUUCUCUCUCCCAGCCUCAGUGUCUCCCUCUUUCUCUCCCUCUCUUUCCUCCAGUUCCUCUCCCUCUCGCUCCCUCUCAAGUUCCUCCCUGAAUCUCCUCUUUUUCCUCCCUCAUUUAUCUCCCUUCCACGCCCUUCUAAGCCCUCACGCCCUCAUGGACACUUGGUUAAAUCUCCCUGCCUUAAAAUGAGCCCAAAACUGCAGAAAAUAACGUGAAAAUAACCGGAAAAUAACAAGAAAUAGUCAUGUGGUGUGCCUCCUCAUGUCCUCCUCCUCCUCCACCUCGUCUCUCCUCUGAGGACAAAAUGUGGAGAAAUUAGUUAUUUUUCCUCUUUAUUUGUGGCCUCCUCCUCCUCCUCCUCCUUCUUCUCCUUUAAAAAUCACCACCACCACCACCACCACCAUGAACCAUGACAUGAAGGAGGAGCGCAUGUCCCCGGUCAUGAUGGGGGGCAUGUGUCCUGACGCCCCCCACCCGCCGUCCCCUGAGGAGCCCAGGGACCUCAGCAUUAAGCGGAAGCUGCGCCCCGUCCCUCCCCCGCUGGACCUGAGCAAGAGGAACCUGGAGCCCGAGGCGAUGAUCCCUGAAUUUACGGCCAUCAACACCACCAGCCCGCGGUCCCCCCUCACACAGAAGAGUCUGCCCCUCAGGAAAAGAGCACACAGCUGGUCCUUCCAGCUGGAGGUGCAGGGGCUGCAGCUGCCGGCCAACGCCUCCCAGGGAGUGAUCCGCUGCACCGCCGAGAUCCGGGACCAGACCACGGGGGCCCUCAACUCCUCCUCCUCGUCCUCCUCCUCAUCGUUAAGGAUCCCGGGCCUGCCCACGCCCCACACACCCCACACCCCGCACCCCCCCCACUCAGCCAUCCCUGUCAUCACCAGUCGGUUCCCCUUCAGUGAAGGGAACCACAGUGAAGGGAACACAGGGGCAGCCUCCAUGGGUCACGGGGACCUCUCUGGGGGUGCCCAGGGGCCCCUCAACCUCUCCACUGGGGCCGUGAGUGGGCUGCCCUCCUCCUUACUCUCCCCGGCCCCCUCCCACCCCUCCACCUCCUCCCUCAACUCAUCCCGGGAGGAGCUGGAGAAUGAGGUAACAAUGGCAGAGUGCCACGCCCCCUACUCCCAUGCCCCCUCCCCUCACAUGCCCUCCCCCCACAUGCCGUCCCCACACCUCAUGUCCCCACACCCCCACCUUCCCAUGGGACCUCAGGGACUGGGCGGCCAUGGGCUGGCAGACAGGUUAGGGCCAGGUUCCUCUCCGUGCCCAGCCUCCAUGUCCCCCCAGCCCACCUCGGGGCACCAGUGGCCCACCAAUGUGUGGUCUGUGUUCAUGUCAGGGGUGCGGGUCCACUUUGUGCUGGGGGGCGGGGGGCAGGUGACGGGGGCCAAGAUGAGCGAGGAGCUCGGCCAGCUGGAGCGCACCCACCAGCAGCGCUACGCCCCUCACGGCCUCCACCUCAUGCGCAUCCUCCACGAGGGGCCAACCCCGCACAUCUCUGCCCCGUCCUACUGCCAGCUGUACUUCAGGCCGGUGGUGGUGCAGCAGGAGGACAUCAUGGUGGUCACGCCCCCCGACCACCCCUUCUACGUCCACGGGAAAGGGUGGUGCAGUGUGUUCCCUGAGCGGACCACCGAGCGCUACAGCCUCCCAUGCCAGCAGCUCCAGGAGGGGGACGUGUGUCUGCCGCCCUACCACCCCGAGACCACUCAGACCCCCAUACCUGUCGUCACCCCAGACCUCACGGACGCCAUGAAGAGUGUGCAUUUCAGGUUUGACUUCAACGACGACCCGCUUGAAGGGGGCGCCGGGGCAUACUCCGCCCCUCCCAGCGCCACCUUCCCCCCUCACACCCACCGCACAGUCUUCCUCUCCCCGCCGGCCUCCCCCUCCAAGAAGAACAGGGAGGGGGCUCGCGGCGGGGGAGGGGGUGCCAGUGGGGGGCCGCCGCCUGGGUCCAUGGAGGGUGCUGGGGUGAGAGCUCGGCGGCCCAUGAACGGAUUUAUGCUCUUCGCCAAGCAUCACCGCUUAAAGCUUAUCCAGCAGUACCCUGGCAAAGAUAACAGGGCUAUUUCGGUCCUCCUGGGCGUGAUGUGGAAGUCCCUGCCAGAGGAGGACCGGGAGACCUUCAAUGCGGAGGCUCGGGCACAGGCGGAAGAGCGGAAGAAGAUCGACCCCGACUGUUGGAAGAGGAAACGCUCCCACUCCACCAGCUAAGGCACCACAUCUCUAGGGUCAACUUUUUUUUUAGCGUGUAUGAAUGAAUUUUUUAUACAUUUCCCCGUUUAGCGAAGGAAUCACCGGAAGUUUUAGCAUUAUUUAUAGCUGUCCGAAGGUGAAGAAGACGUGCCAGUCAAAAUUGGUAGCCGUGCAUUGCGUUGUUAAGUGUGUCCCUCACGUCGUCCCCUCGUCAGAGCGCAAAAGGAUUCAUGUGUCGUGCCGUAGCGUUGCAAUUGUCGCAGUUUUUCUUUUAUUUCGCACACUCGUAACCUCUCCCAAUGGUGGAGAUGCCAAGUUGAAGUCCUGCUGUGGCUGCCCUUUAUACAUACAAGUUUAUUUUUAUGCCUCAGUCAGGUAUAUACAGAACUCUCGAUCUUGCUCACCAACCCUCAAGUUCCACGCAACACCCCCACAGUGACAUUUCCUUGGGCAUACUUGGGGAAGCCUCAAGAGUGUUGGCGUUCAGCUGUCCAUCGCCUGGCUGAAGCGUCGUCACUCUCAUCUCAGUAACGCCCUCCAGGUCUCUCUCUCGCAUGGCUGUUGGGCCGGAAAGCACCACUUGUGAUUCACUGGUCUGCUGUGAAUCUUGGUAGUUUUGUCUGACUUGUUUUCCUUCCCUUUCCUCUCCUCGUCGUCCUCCUCCUCGUCUUCCUCCUCAUCCACCAGAGUCUUCAAGUUCUGUCUCUUUAUUUUGUUGCAUUUUCCUGCUUCUGGGUUGUGUCAUUUUGUUGCCUUGUUUUGCUUUAUUCUCCGUUUUGUCCUAUUCAGUAUAUUUAUUUUUUCUUUCCACCUCUCUCCUCUCUCUCCUCCUAAUACCUUAUCACACCUUAAUUUUCCACCUCUAUUCUUUCUCUCCCUAAUACCUUAUCACACCUUAAUUUUCCACCUCUAUUCUUUCUCUCCCUAAUACCUUAUCACACCUUAAUUUUCCACCUCUCUCCUCUUUCUCUAAUACCUUACCACACCUUAAUUUUCCAUCUCUCUCCUCUCUCCUCCUAAUACCUUAUCACACCUUAAUUUUCCACUUCUCUCCUCUCCUAAUACCUUACCACACCUUAAUUUUCCACCUCUCUCCUCUCUCUCUAAUACCUUACCACACCUUAAUUUUCCCUCCGUCCUUCAUUACCUUCAAUCACAUAUGUUUGUUUUUUCUUUCGUGUUUUACUACCAGUGAUACUGCAACUAAAAUAUCAAGGAACUAAGUAUUAUCACCAUAUUUAUAUUCUAGUUCAUAAGUUUUACUAAGUUGUUUUCUCAUCAGUUUAUUUUGUAAGUCUAUAUAACUCUUCUGCCUCUACUGCUUUUUUAUUUUUUUUUAUUAGUUCAUAUUUCCGAGUCAUUUUAUUAUUGUUAUUAUUAUCGUUGUUAGUAUUGUGAUUGAUCUCUUUGUUAUACACUGUCCAGGGGUGAAACGCAGUCCUUUACGAGAUAACUUAUUCUACUUAUGAUUCUGCCGCUCGUUGUUUUUAUUUUAUUUGUGAUGCAGUAUUUUUAUCGUAACUCGGUUGGGAGAGCACGCUGAGGACAUGACUGGAUGUGACCUAACUUUCCUCUCCCUCCUCCUCCUCCUCCUGCUGCUGCUCAUCGUCUGGCAUCAUUAGUUGUCCUGCCUCAUACCACCCCCCCACCCCAUGUCUCCCCCCUCCCCCCCCUGAGGUGCCGUCCACAGUAUUACUUUCUCGGUAUUGAGGGAAUCAAGACUGUGUUCACCUGGAGCUCAGCAAACAUACACUUGGGCAUCGUUCUGGGUCCGCGCCGACCUGACUCAUGCAGAAAAACAAUAUAUGGAACAAGAAACGGCAAGGGAAUACGCUUGUCCGAUGUUUACACUCGAUACCUGCGUGUGCAUGUCUGUCUGUGUGUGUGUGUAUAUGUGUCUCUGUGCCUCUUACACCCAUGCUCUGAAUUUGCACUCAACUAUUCCAUUCCCCUCCGAUUGGUUCUUUUUAACCCUCCAUCUCGGAACAGUGAUUACAGAAGUCCCUCAGGCAUAUCAAGAACUACUAAAUACAUUAGAACACACUCGCCUUACUUGAAUGUGAUAUUAGGAGCGUUGAGAGAGAUCUAUCGAGUGCCCUGGCCAGUGACCUUCCCUGCUGGGCCUGUGAUGUUUAAAGUAUAUUUAUUGACUGCCAGUGUGGCUUGAAGUUUCUUGUACUCAUUGGCUAUUUUCUGCAAUAUCAAUCCAAAUAGUUGGUAAUUGUAACCUAAGAUUAUCAUCAUAAGGUCAUUUUUGUGGUAACAGAGUUCUUUAAUGAUUGCCUGGUUGAUUAAAUCUCUAUAAUUUAAAAAGUUGACACCAUAUAAUACAAGUAAUCUGAUAGGUUGUUAGUUAAUUUUUAUUCUUGAGAAAUUUUUGUCUGGCAUAAAUAGAUGCUCCUUGACUUACAGUGGGUGACUCUCUGAUAAACCCGUGAUGAGUUAAAAAUGAUGUUGAAUACAGUCCUGCUGAACAUCACGACACUCAGAACACUCCAUGUAGCUUACAAUUGACUACAUGUUGGUGCUCCACCAGUGUAAAGUAAAAAGUUGUAAAGCCAAGAAGCAUUGUAAGUAGAGGAGCAUCUGUGCUGCACUAGUAAGAGGAAGCAAUGCCACCUGAAGCACCUCUCAUGCUGCUCUGGUGACCUUCAUGACUCCUGGCCUUUGAAACAUUACUCCAGACCUCCAGUGGUUUUCAAGCACAUUUCUCACUAAGCACAAGUAUCACGUUGUCUGCCUUGACAAUGCUAAGAUCCUUCUGUCUGUCUGUCAGAAGUCAUCUGUCUGUCCUUCCUGCACAACAUGUCAGUAGCCUUCUCUCACCACUGGCAUUAUGUCCCUAAUUUCCAUAAGCAGAAAUUACUGUAGACAUAAAGUCUGAGCAGGCCACACAGCCCUGGGUGUGUCUGUCAGCAGUGUGUGCACGGCCAGGCCUUUGCUUCCUCCUACACGUGGCGUGCCGCGGCCAGACGCAGGGCGGCGGCCACCAGCCCCGCCCUGUCCUCGUGCAUCCCAAGUCUUUCAAGAGCACAAAUAAUAUGUAUAGAACAAAGUAUAAGUUUUGUUUAAAUUCUAAAUAUAUAACUAUUUUUCUACUCUUACCCUAAAUCUUCCCUGUUUUCCAAAGCUACAUUGCCUGUAAAUCUCUGUUGUUAUGAAAGAGGUCUCUUCCCGAAGGUACGUGCUAUGUUACAUAUUGUAACGCGAUAGAGGUACAUAUGUUUUUUAUUGAAAAAUUUAAAGGUAUAGGCUAAGAUGUUUAAAUUUGCUCAGAAAAUAGUAGUGUUCUAGAUAGUAAUAUUAAGCUUGACCUGACAAGCUGUAGCACAUGACUGUAUUAUCCUGCCAAGACUACGGUGAUCUCGCCACACAGCUUGUGUCUUUCAUCCCUGUCAGGAGGUUCAGCCAAAUUACUUCCUUUAUGGAUUCAAAUCAUCUUGAGAGGCAUUUCCCCAAUUGUAUGUUUUGUUGAGGAGUCUACAAGUCAAGUCUUGUUUCAUCACAAGAGUUGGUGACAGUGUUCCUGCCAGCCCUUGUAGCGCUAGGUGUCAGGCACCAGUGUGUCCCCCUGUACACAGUGUACCACCACUAGGGCCACUGCCUCACCACAGUCUGUCCCUUCCUGCCCGGCCGGCCGCACCGCCCGGCUCUGGCCUAGCUGAAGGCAUCUGUAGUUUAGUUCUUGUGAUCUCAUUAUAAAGGUGUCUUGGUCCAUCCACGGCAGUGGGUCGGGUCAGCUACAUACAUGUACUGUAUCUUAUCAUGGCAAACUGAAGUAGAGGUCUGGGUGUUCUUCAUGGUGUUAAAGGAAAACAAUCUGGCUUUGUUAUUACAUGUACUGGAAUCCAUCACUGGUGUCUCAGCAUGUGUACCGUACGCCUCUCCCUCAUUUGUCAUUGCUAUAUGGUAUGCUUUAAAUGUUUAGUAUAAUGUAUGGAGUUUUUGUUAAUCUAUAACACAUUUUAUAAUGUGGUUAAAUUGAUUUCCAAUGUUGACAAUCACACAAUAUAGAGAUGACUAUAUUUUUAUCAUUGUGAUUAUGGUGUGAAUGUGGCCUGGGACUCCGGGAGGAAUGUGGUGUAUAACUGAGGUCCAGCGCUCCACGGGUCCCCCACCCAUCCCGUCCCCAGGCCGGGGCUGCACCAGCCCCCGUGUUCACACAGUGACGGCACAGAGCCAGGGCAGCCCGGCGCCAGAGCUCCACCCCUGCCUCCUGUCCAUAUAAAUGGACACUUGUUGCUGCUCAAUUUGGCCACACCUUCAGCCCCAGCUCCAGCCCAGCUCUAGUGUUGUGAUGUUGACGGGUAGUGUAUGGCAGGACAGGGUCUGCCCGGGGCCACAUGCCGUCAAAACAAGGGUCCGUCUGAUCUCACUACUCUAGGGUAAGAAUAAAGAUCUAAGUGAUAGCCAUUAUAUGCUGUUUUCAGUGUUACUUCUUAGUAUUACUGUUAGCACUCAGAAGUGCUUGUAUUAUGUACAUGUUCUUUAUGAGCCUCAGGCCUCCUGUUGCAGCUGAUCAGCCUUUUUAAUAUUUUUCCACCAGAUGUAGUUAUGUAGUCUUUUCCAGCUUUAACGAUAAUUUUCAAGUGCGAGCAUAUGUAAGAACUAUGUCGCUUUUCCCUGAGGCCUGUGACUUUAAAGAACAUUUACUUUGCUGCACAUUGCUGGUGGUCCUUGCCAAAUACACCGUGGAUAGCGUUGCUUAGGGUGAAGGCAAACCCUGCUACAUGGACAUCCUUCAUACAAAACCCAAAAUCCCUUUCAGUUCAGUGUUACUGUGAAAAUUUAUGUCUCUACAGUUUUGACCUAAAUUUGUGUAGCAAUGUCGAUCCAGGUUGUUCUGGCAUGGCUCACAGCAAUGCCGCACCACGAUACUGUUUAUAUGGUCCCUCGCCGCCUGUAGCUAGGUGUUGGCGGCAGCGACCGUCUCCUGGGGGUGUGGAGGGUGCAACACACAGGACUGCGGCACACCCAGCAUCUGAACCGUCUCUCCGGCCAUCUGUAAAAGUGCAAUGUUUAUUUUUUCUAUGUAUAUAAAAAAAGAUUUAUGUAGAUUUGGCCCCCUACUUUAGCCAUCAGAGAAAGUAUACUGAGAAGUGCACAACUGUUAAGGCUAGGUUAGUACAUCCAGGGUGUUUUAUUUCAAAUGUAACAAAUUCUGUGAUUGGAAAGUGACCUGAGGUAAAUUUUAUGAGAGUUGCUGAGCAUUUUAGAAGUGCAGCAGCAAACACAACUUUAUAUCAUCGGCAAGCUUUGUGAAGAAGCCACUGUUUCACUGUCUUCCGAGGCUGGCUAAUACAGCCCACCUAUGUUAGAUGUUGCGGUUCCUAGCACUACUGAGGUCCGUGUCUGGCCGAGGAGUGAAGAUCGGUGGUGCCAUGCUUGGGCCAGAUUCGACCACGUCCACGGUGCAUCCCCAGCCACGCCUUGUCUGUACUGCACGGUUAGGAGGCCAACAACACCAGUCCAGCGUGUCGUCGGUGGAUGCGAGGCCUCACCCGCUCCCCGCCCGCCCUGGCCCGAGCCUUGGGGUACGCCUGCCUGGAGGCUCUGCAUACGAUCUUUGUUAGAGUGUCAGUACAGUAUCUCUCAAUGUAGGCUAAUAGCACCAGGAGUAUUAUUGUAAAUUUUUGUUGUGUAUAGGUGUUGCAUGCAUGACAUUGUUUUGAAUGGUAUUAAUCUGGAAGAUAUUUUGUAUAAAGAAAAUACUCUACUAUAUGAUGUCUUUUGUGUAAUGAAAUAAAGAAAAGGAAUCUGAA